AUGGCGGACAAACUGCGCAACCAGCAAGAGCUGGAGCGCUUGCAGGCCAAGUACGUUGGCACAGGACAUCCCGAUACAACGAGCUGGGAGUGGAAGACCAACAUCCAUCGCGACACCUACUCGAGCAUCGUCGGACACCCACCAUUGCUGUCGUACAUGGCCCUGGCCCAGAAUGAGCCUGUAGCAAAGUUUCGCGUUCAGAUGAUUAGGAAAAUGCUCCAGCCAGUUGGCCCCCCUCCGCCAAGAGAGGAGGACAUCAUAAUGUCGAAUACGCAGAACGGGUCAUGA